AUGCUGGCGGUACAGAGCCAGCCGCCCGCGCCCAACGGCCUCCUGCACGAGGUCAACUCGACCUCCAACGUGGCUGCGACGUCCACCACCGCCCUGGCACCCGAGGCCAUCGCGCGCGCUCUGCCAGACCAGGUACCCGAAAAUGCUCCCGAACACUGCCCGGGCACAGAGUCCGAAAACGCCGGCAAGGCGUCGGCGUGCCAGGGGUGUCCAAACCAGGAUGCGUGCGCCUCGGCGCCAAAGGGGCCCGACCCGGACCUCCCCAUCAUCAAGGAGCGGAUGAGUGCUGUGCGACGCAAGAUCCUCGUCAUGUCUGGCAAGGGCGGCGUCGGCAAGUCGACCUUCACCGCGCAGCUCGGCUGGGCCUUCGCCAGCAAUGAGGACACCCAGACCGCCAUCAUGGACAUCGACAUCUGCGGCCCCUCGAUCCCCACCAUCCUCGGCCUGUCCAACCAGACCAUCCACGCCACCAGCAGCGGCUGGUCCCCUGUCUACGUCUCGGACAACCUCUGCUGCAUGUCGGUCGCCUUCCUCUUGCCAUCGCAGACGUCGGCAGUCAUCUGGAGGGGGCCCAAGAAGAACGGGCUGAUCAAGCAGUUCCUCAAGGACGUCGACUGGACCGGCGGCCUCGAGGAAGAAGAGGAGGAGGAGGAGGAGGACGAGGGAGAGCUGCAGGAUCGAGAUGCACGACGAGGAGAAGAUGACAUGAGGAUCACCCCGGCGCCCGAGACAAACGGACACGCUGCAGCGACGGCAACGGCCCCAGCGACCUUGACCGAGGGCGACGCAGCAGCAGGGGCUCCAGCCAAGCAGCCGGUGCUCGACUACAUGCUCAUCGACACGCCCCCGGGCACCUCCGACGAGCACCUGUCGAUUGUCGGCUUCCUGCGCGAGUCGGGCAUCGAUGGGGCGGUCCUGCUGACGACGCCGCAGGAGGUGUCGCUGCAGGACGUGCGAAAGGAGAUCUCGUUCUGUCGCAAGAUGAAUGUGCGCAUUCUCGGCGUCGUCGAAAACAUGGCCGGCUUCGUCUGCCCCGCCUGCCACGGCCGCUCCGACAUCUUCCACCCGUCCACCGGCGGCGCCAAGGCGCUGUGCGAGGAGCUCGGCCUCAACUUCCUCGGCAGCAUCCCGCUCGACCCGCGCAUUGGAAAGUGCUGCGACCUUGGCGAGAGCUUCGUCGACGAGUACCCCGAUAGCCCCGCCAGCCACGCCUACCUCGAUGUCAUCGAGAGGAUCAAGGAGAUCGUCCCCUAG